AUGGAAGAACAACGAGCCUUGUAUCGAGAAGAACGUGAUGAUGAAGAGAAGAAUUUGAUAAUGAUCACGAAAGAGGAAUUAUUGUCUGGUCAGAAUGUACUUUCCAUGCCAAAGAAAGUCUCUUUUAAACACAAGAUUGAAAAAAAGAAACGAAAUCCUUCGCAUCAUGAAUCAUUCAUCAUUCAAGAGGAAGAGCAACAAGAUUUCAUUCAGGCUCCAACACAAAUGGAUAAAAAGUGGAAUCAUGUAUAUGAAAAUAAUUUUGAAAAAUCCAUGACCAUGAUUAGAAAAUUGCCACUGCAAUAUGUAGAGUCAGACAAGAUGUCCAUUGAAAAAUUGAAUAACAUCUUGAAUGAACAUUCAAAUAAUAUCAAAACGAACGCAAAAUCUGAAGAGCCCACCUUAUCAAUCAUGAAGGAUAGUACUCAUCUCAUCGCUUGUUCCAUGAUGCCUUAUAUAUUUUGUGCAAACGGUCCCAAAGAUGGAAAAGAAUAUUCAACAUUUCUUGUGUAUGAUACCACACUCAAGAAACGGUACAAUUUGACAGAAAUCUAUUAUGGGUUGCAGGAGCAUUUUCGUAACAGGUGUUUCAACUUUAUACCGUUCGUGAUUAAGGACACAAUUCUGGUCGCUUUAGGUGAAGCAUUAUUUUGUUUUGAUUUUGACAAUGCUUUUAUAUGGUAUCGCCCACAACAAUUAUUGGUUUAUCCAAAUUAA